AUGAUAAAAAGGGCACAUUUGUACAGUUGUGCUCCGCCAAUACCUGAUGAUGUUUCAAAUGGUAUUAGGGAUGAAUUGCACGAUUCUUCUAAAAAUAAUGAUAAAAUAAAUAUUAAAAAUGAUAUAAAUUAUGAGGCUAAUUCAACGAAUGAAAGUGAUACUUUGCCUAAUUACCCCGAAUUUAUAGCCAAGGCUACCACAAAAGGCAAAGCUCUAAAGUGCAAAUGCUGCCCUGGCAAAUUAAUCUUGAACGAUCGAGAUCUAUACAAACAUCUAACAUCAAAGAUACAUAAAAAACGCGCUUUGACUUACAAGAAUACAGAAAGGAAAGUGGAAAAGGCAAAACAUAAAUUUGCAAAGAUAAUUAAACAAAUAGAGGCAGAUUCAGACAACUCAUAUGAAUAA